CCCUCAGUGCGCAUGCGUGAGGGCGGGCUGCGGGAGCGGCCGGCAGGGGGCGGUAGGGGAGCGACGCGCCGCUCACGCAUGCCCCUUGCGCGACCCCUCCAUGGCGGCGGCUCUCCGGUAUCCCCGGGCCCUCACGGAAGGCACCGACCGCGGCGAGGCCUCGCGGGCCGCUUCGGAGACACUGCGGGGCGCCGACGGCGCGGGUGGUGGGGGGGGGGGAGGCCGCGGUGCCCGUCCGUGAGCACCGGCGAGCGGCGGAGCGUUACCGGCUCCCCCAGAACGCGGUCGGAUUUCCCCCCCCCCCCCCCCAAAGCGUGGAUGGCGACUGACGGUUUCUACGGGAAAAAGGCGCUGACAAGAAGGACCGGUCGGGUGACCGUCUGCCAGUGCCGGAGUUCAGACCCGAAGCCUGGGUCGAGCUCCCGGGUGCAGAUCGGCUCACCCCGAGGGAUUUCCUUUGAGCGGCCGCCCCGGGCGCAGAGGCGAGCGGGGGCGAUGGAUCUCCUCCUGACGCAGACGAGUUUCGCAGCCCCCGCGUCCCGACAGGUGCGCGUCCUCGCGGUCCUCGCCGCUAGGAAGGACAACAGAAGAAAAGGUCCGUGUGGUCACAGCUGCUGCCAAAACAUGAAACAGAGUUCAUGGGUGUCUGUCACCUGCCAAACAAAGAAGAUGGAACAGCCUAUCCACAGCACACCUGACAAGUACACUAGAUCUCCGCUACACCCUGAGCAUUUGGUUGAAGAUGUGCAUUCAGGCGUCUCUUCCCACGCACGAACACGGCUCACCCCCUGGAGAAAAGUAUUACUGCAGUGUACCGUAUUUCACAAGCGGUGAUAUAUUCAAUACAAACAUGAGAAUACAUGCUGUGGAAAUGGGCGUGACGGGUGAUGCUGGGAGGGCCCUUCCAGUAGAAUGCGAAGACAGCAUGUGUGACUACGUCCACUGAAGUACCUGCAGCCACAGGACGAGAGCGAAUACCUGCUUGCCUGCAUGUCACCUAGUGACACUCACAUAGUCUUCUACAAACAACCAGACUUGAGCGCAAGUGUGUAUUCAUUCCUUAAACAUUACAAGAAGCAUACAUAAACUGAUGUAAGCCCACGCUGCCAGGGUAGCACAUGAAGACUAAUCUUGUGUUACCUCAUUUUGCUGUCUCUCCCUUACAUAAAAGCAUUUAAAUUGGGUGAAAACAUUUAGUGUGCCAAGAAAAACCUGCAGUGAAGGCAGUAUGGUAGUCGGAGCCCUUGGAACAAAGUACCUUGUCAUUUGCUUGAGCGCUCAGUACAAGUUUUAUCGGACAACAGUGGUACCUUCAUGGUUUUGUCUCUGUGCGAACAACCCUUACUGCUUAAUACAAAACCCAGGGCAGUCUGUCAAGAAAAUAGUGUAGCUAGAUCUCUUUUGGCAAUUUACUGUGUGUAACAGUCUUAAAAGCAAGAGGUCGAAAGUCCAAAGAAGUACGAUUGCUUGUUCAGUGGUUGCACAUUUUCUCAGGAGGUAGCAUUGUUAUUUCUAUACAGUCCCUGAGCUGUAUUUUUUUAUAGCUUUAGAGCCUUUUGGAUUAUUCAAGUGAAAGUUUUGCCAAUAAAGCUUCUAGGAUUAAAAACUUGAGUAUACAAUGUACAGAAUCUGUGUAGCAGAAGGCACUUUAUAAAUAACGAUAGCUCAGAGUAGGUGCUGGCAGUAAAUGAAUGCUGGCAUUGUGCAGUUAAAUUAUAAACUUACUUGGUUCCAAAACUUGACACAAGUUUCUCUCCUAUAAGAGUAUCAGGGAAUUAGAAAGAUUUUACCAGAAUAAUCUGGCUUUGUACAUUUUUCUUUGAAAAUGUGCUUUAAAAACGGGAGGUGUACAGAAGGAAGGGGAAUGGGGAAGAAAGAACAUACUUUAUUCUACUCCCCCUUCAAAAAUCAACAGAGAGCAGCUAUCUAGUAGCAGCAGCUUAUAAUAGUGAUAUGCGAAAUAAUGUAUUACAACUUUCCACCAACUGCUAAAACAGCAUAGCGCUUUUCCUAAAUUUGGCAAAGAGCCUUGCUUGUCUGCCGUUUCACAGCUAAUCACACCUUUAAUUUUUUCUGCUUAAUGGGGACAUCGAAGAGUUCAGCAAGAGAAACGAAGAGGUGAAAUGCCUCUAAAUUCCCAUGGCAAAGGUGGACCUUGGCACACUGUUACAGAAUGCAAAGUCAUCGUCACAGCUGUUACUGAAAUAUAUUUUGCAUUAAUGUAAAAUGAACGUACCACAGAGUCAGACAAAGCUACGGAGCUUUACAAUUUCAGGUUCAAGGUCUGACAAGGAUGUUGUACUAGAAACUUGAAAUGAGCAAAUAUAAAACGGAGGUGGGUGGA